CGGCUUCAACCACAUGGGGUUCCUGUUUCCCAUCUCGUACCUGGACGGAGUGGGCACCGGCCUCUCGCUGCUCGUCGGCUACAUGAAGUUCAACAACGAGGCCGACUACCGCACCCUGCUCCUGAGGCUGCAGGAGUUCCCGCGGCAGGCGGCGGAGCUGGAGGAGCUGAUGCGGGAAGGCAUCAGCCAGGAGAGGACGCUCCACAACGUAUCCAUGAGCUCAGUGCCGGAGCAAUUUCGGGCGCUGGACGUACCCGUGGAGGAGUCCACCUUCUACGAGCCGUUCCUGAACAUGCCGGACUCCAUCAGCGCUGAUGUUCAGCAAGAGCUGCGGCAGGAGGCCAAGAGGGUGAUCAUGGAGGACGUCAUACAGACCUACAAGAACCUUGCCGACUUCAUCGAGACCGAGUACCUACCGAACACGCGGCCGGCCAUAGCAGCGACAUCUCUGCCCAACGGCGAGAACUACUACCGGGAAUGUCUCCGGUUCCACACCUCGUCGGAACUCACGGCUGAUCACAUCCACGAGAUCGGGCUGGAGGAAGUGAAAAGGAUUGAGGGUGACAUGAAAAAGGUCGUCGACGAGCUCGGCUUCGGGGACAUGACGGUGCAGGAGUUCUCCGAGAAGCUGCGCACCGACAAGAGCAACUACUACGAGUCAUCCGAGGAGCUCAUCGCCGGCUUCACCAAGAUCAUCCGGGACAAGAUCCGACCCAAGAUGAUGAAGGUCGUGCUCGAGAUGCCCAAGACGGCCAUCAUAGUGGACGUACUGCCGGACAAUCAGAAGGACGGCAUUUCGGCCUCCUACAACAUCCCCGCCUUCGACGGCUCCCGUCCCGGCAAGUUCAAGAUCAACAAGUACAUCUUCGACGAACAGCCCAAGUACGAGAUGACGGCCCUGUCGGCCCACGAGGCCAACCCGGGACACCACUACUACUUCUCCUACCUGGUGGAGAAGAAAGGACUGCCGGACUUCCGUCGGGCCGGUAACGACGGGCCGGCCUACUCGGAGGCGCCGUCCGGCUUUCCGCUGAACGCCGCCAUCGUCGAGGGCUGGGCGCUCUACUCAGAGUACCUCGGCCACGAAAUGGGGCUUUACGAGGACCCUUACGACAGGUACGGCCGGUACAGCCAGGAGAUUUUCCGUGCGUGCCGCCUAGUGGUAGACACCGGAAUUCACGCCUUCAACUGGACCCAAGAGAUGGCGGUAGAGUACAUGCUGAAUCACACCGCAUCGUCGCGGGUGCAAAUUGAGAACGAGGUGCGCCGCUACAUCACGUGGCCGGGUCAGGCGACCGGCUACAAGAUCGGCGAGCUGCGGCUGAAGGAGCUGCGCGCCAGCGCUGAGCGCGAGCUCGGGGAUCGCUUCGACCGGCGCGUGUUCCACAAGGUGGUGCUGGACUGCGCCGGCCCUCUGGCCGUCAUCGACCAGUGCGUGCAGCGCUACAUCGCCGCCGACGGCGUGUGGGACGCCUGGGGCGAGCGGACCGAGCCCGACGCGCCGACGGCGGGAGCGGUCGUGAGGUGA